GCCGCGCCCGCUGGAGAGGAGGGAGCGCUCGCCUACACCGCGCUGAGGAAGUGGCCGCGGCUGCGAGAGAAAACGAGGAAGCGGCGGAUCCGGCGGCGCUGAGAGAGGGUCCGGCCCCGCUCCGGCCGCACCCCGGCGCUGCUCGGCACGGCAGAGCCGCCCGCCCGAGGGCUACCUGCCGGGAGGAGGUGGCGGCGCGGAGCCCAGCGACCUGAGGAGCGAUAUAGUGUUCUGGGCUUGCUACUUGGAAAAGAAAACAAACAUGGCUUCCAGCACAUCAAACCCUGCUAACCAUUUGCCAUACUUCUUUGGAAAUAUAACACGUGAAGAUGCUGAGGAGUAUCUGAUGCAGGGAGGAGCAAGUGAUGGACUGUACUUGCUCCGCCAAAGCCGGAAUUACCUGGGGGGCUUUGCCCUGUCCUUGGCCCAUGGAAGGAAGGUUCACCACUAUACAAUUGAGAGAGAGCUGAGUGGCUCAUAUGCUAUUGCAGGAGGCAAGUCGCAUGCCAGUCCUGCUGAGCUCAUUAACUAUCACUCAGGGGAGGCAGAUGGCCUUAUCUGUCUACUGAAAAAACCUUUCAACCGGCCACCAGGUGUGGAACCCAAAACAGGACCCUUUGAAGAUCUGAAAGAGAACCUCAUCAGAGAGUAUGUCAAGCAAACUUGGAAUUUACAGGGGCAUGCUCUUGAACAAGCUAUCAUUAGUCAGAAGCCUCAGCUGGAGAAGCUGAUUGCCACUACAGCCCAUGAGAAGAUGCCAUGGUUCCAUGGGAGGAUCUCUCGGGAGGAGUCAGAACACCGUAUCCUCUUUGGAUCAAGAACCAAUGGAAAAUUUCUUAUCCGAGAAAGGGACAGCAAUGGUUCCUAUGCCCUGUGCCUACUGAAUGAUGGAAAAGUACUGCACUAUCGUAUUGACAGAGAUAAGACAGGAAAACUCUCCAUACCAGAUGGAAAAAGAUUUGACACCCUGUGGCAGUUAGUUGAGCAUUAUUCAUACAAACCUGAUGGAUUAUUAAGGGUUCUUACCAUUCCUUGUCCACAACCAGAAAAUGAUAAUCUUGGUUUUAAUACUCAUCCUUCUUCUGGAACACUUCCUAAGAGUUGGGCAGGAGGUGGAAUUAUCUCAAGACUCAAAUCGUACACCUUUCCAAAGCCUGGCAGCAAAAAGCUUCAGUCAUCUAUGGGCCACCCAGCAGAAGAAGCACCUUUUAAUCCCUAUGUGCAGCAAAAGAACAGAGGUCUUACAGGAGCAGAAAGAGGUGAUCAGAGAGAGGCCUUACCCAUGGAUACUGAGGUCUAUGAAAGUCCAUAUGCUGAUCCAGAUGAAAUUAAACCAAAAAAUGUCACUCUUGACAGGAAGUUGUUGACUUUGGAGGAAGGUGAACUUGGCUCUGGCAACUUUGGUACUGUGAAGAAAGGGUUCUAUAGGAUGAAAAAGGGUUCCAAGCCUGUGGCUGUAAAAAUUCUAAAGAACGAGAGUAAUGAUCCAGCCAUAAAGGAUGAAUUACUGAAAGAAGCAAAUGUAAUGCAGCAACUGGACAACCCAUAUAUUGUCCGAAUGAUAGGUAUAUGUGAAGCUGAGGCCUGGAUGUUAGUGAUGGAAAUGGCUGAGCUUGGGCCUUUGAAUAAAUUUUUGCAAAAAAAUAGACAUGUCACAGAGAAGAAUAUAACAGAGCUGGUGCAUCAGGUUUCCAUGGGGAUGAAAUACCUGGAGGAGAAUAAUUUUGUUCAUCGGGAUCUGGCUGCAAGAAAUGUGCUGUUAGUCACCCAACAUUAUGCCAAAAUUAGUGACUUUGGACUUUCUAAAGCUCUUAGUGCUGAUGAAAAUUAUUACAAGGCACAAAGUCAUGGAAAAUGGCCAGUCAAAUGGUAUGCUCCAGAAUGCAUGAAUUUCUACAAAUUUUCUAGCAAAAGUGAUGUUUGGAGUUUUGGAGUUUUAAUGUGGGAAGCUUUUUCUUACGGACAAAAACCAUAUAAGGGAAUGAAAGGUGGUGAAGUUGCACAGAUGAUUGAAAGAGGAGAACGAAUGGAACGUCCUGAAGUCUGCCCAACAGAAGUCUACAGUCUAAUGAAAUUGUGUUGGACAUACAACGUUGAUGACCGACCAGGAUUUGUUGCAGUCGAGAUGAGGUUACGUAACUACUAUUAUGACAUUUCCCACUAACAGCGUGGAGAACAGCAGCUUCCCCCAGCCAACACCCUCUGAGAAGCAGCUCAUUUUCCAAAACCAAGCAACCUCGAUUUUUGUACUUCCAUUUUCUACCUGCACAGCUCAGAGCUGAGCUUUGUGUCUGUAAGGUUGCCUUUUCUUACCUUCUGCACAAAAUCCAGCCCCAAAAGAGUAUUGGAAGUGUAACAGCCUCAAAGUCCGCAGCAAGGAUGUUGGAAAAGAUGCUUGUAUUCUUGCUACAUUCAAUUUAAUUUUAUUUACACCUCUAUUUGCAUUAUAUUUUGGAGUCCUGUAAAACUUAUUUAGUGACUUUGAACCCUCUCCUAUAUCGGAAUUGGAAUUUAGAUUCUUCUCAUUAAUAUUCUUAGCCUUUAAAUGUAUUGAGUUGUUCCAGCCUUCCCUCUCUUCAAGGAAGAAUAGCAUAAACAUUUCUCACAAUGAAGCAAUUUCACUGUGCAAGUGUGAGUGACAGUGUGUUUGAUUAUAUCACCAAACCCCCUUUAAACCAAAUCACAUUCUUCUUAGUAGUAAAGUAAGCAGAGGCGAAUUGGAAGUUCUGAAUUUCUAACGCCAUCUCAGUCUUUAAAUGUGUCCGUCUUCUUUUAUUCCUCUUCUCACAUGUGCAACCCAGCUGUUUCUCAGGGAGUUAUUUUUUUCCCAGUGACCACUGGGAACUCACAGCCUUGAUCUCAUCUUGGAAGAUGCAAUAAGCUCCAAUGCUGCAUUACAGAAAAUACACGUGUGAUGGAGCAGCACUUACCUUUCUCUCCAGACAUAUAUUUUCUAUUUAUCUAUUUGAGUAUACCAUAGCUCCUUGUGUUGUGUUUUGAGCAGCAAUCAAUUCUGCCUUUUCUUCAAACCUUUCUUAAAAAAGCAUCUGUGAGAAUUUCAACACACCUUAUCACCUUUAAAGUUAAAUUUAACCUCAAGUUCAAAUAUUUUAUAAUGGGCAUAUGGACAACAAGAUUACUCCAAAAUGUUAUUAUAUGUCCUGUAGGACAAAUCACUGUGGACAUCUCAGGAAAAGGCAUUUGUCUUAUCACUCUUCAGUAAAACAGCAUGCAUCUCCAUUAAAUUGCAAGAAUAGUAGAGUAAUAACAAAUAAUGUAAGCAACUUCUGAUUCUGUUUUUAGCCUUAUGCUUUGCUUGCUCAAUCUCAUUUUAAAUAUUAUCAAGAGCAACAUUUCUAUCACUUAUUACUCACAAGCAGCUACUUUAUUGUCAUUUGCAUAUAUCUCAGGAAUCUACGUACAUUUUGUCUGCUAGAUAAAGAGAUUUUUGAAGAAUAUAAAGAAUAGGAUUUAGAGUUAGAUAUAUUUAUUGCAUAUGGCUGGUUAGAGUAUACGUGUUUAAUUUUGUGUGAAUAGAGUAUUCUUAGAGAUGCAGUGGUAUUUUUUUCUCUUGUAAUUUUGUGAGCAGUUAAACUGAGAAAGGAUGAAAUAAUUUUCAUAAAGGACAGGACUAUAAACAAAUGUAGAAGGUACUGGGUUUUUUUUUUUCUUUUUACUAAGUUUACGGUCUGUUUGUUAAAUAAUAUCCAGUACAAGGCACCACAGACUACUGGAAGAUACUGAGUGCAAAUAGAUCAUGUUUCAAAUGUGACCAAAUGUGACUUACCUUGAAGAUGAUUUAAUUUUUGUUUUGUUUUUGAGAAAAAAUUUUCUACAAGACUAGCUUGUGUAGAAGUUAGCCAUAGUUAUACAUAGGUGGUUUGUCACUUUAGUUAUGUUGCAAAGAAUUUGUUAUCUCUACAUGUGCAAUUAGUACACUUAUGGGGAUAUUAGUUAUUAACAAUUGCACAGAUCUCUAUAACCAGCAAGUGACAGUACUCGAUUUCCCAGAAUGAGAGAUAUAUUCCUCUAUAUCUCUGACUGUCUUUAGAAGUGAUGUCUGAUUCAAUGAACCUGGAGGAUUAUUUCUUCUCCUCUCUUCUGAGUGAAUGUCAACAUCACUUUCUGGAAUUACUUGAUUAUUUUUAACUUCACUAUUACAUAAUAAAAGUUUACAAUGAGAAUAUAAAUUAUUGUGAAAUAAAUGGAUUCGGUUUUAACAUUUUGAUUAAAGAUAAUUUUACAAAAUAUGCUGUCUUAAUAGGAAUCCUUUCAUGAUUACAUGCUUUGUAAAAAAUCCUGAUGCUGUUCAGUGUGUGUAUGUACUGAGUUACUAUGAUUGUUGUGGAAGACUGAAAGGUACCCAACUGGACAGAAAAGCCCACUGAGGCUUGGGUUGCUUUUGGAGCAAUCCAGGAAUAGCAGAAAGUUCCCACAAUAUGCUUUGUUAUUGUAAGUAAGUGUUUUCAAAGUGAUUUACAGCAAUACUGUGAUGGAUCAGGAAAGUUAGAGAUGGCAAGAGUCAGUGCAGUGUAUCAGCUA